AUCGACUGAUACGUAAUCUAUACCUCAAGUGUUUGCGUAUCUCCACAGUUUGAAGAUGUGUCUCAAGAGCUGGAUAUACGUAUUUCUGUUUUCGUCGUUCUGUGUCAUCUCAGAGGGAAAGCAGGACUUUGCUGUGAACGUCAACAGUGACGGCACAUACAACGUCGUUGUCCAGGGAGAUGCGUGGCUGAAGAGCGCCCCCACCUUCUUCAGAGCUGAUGGCCAAGUGUUCUCAUCUGCCGAUGGAUCUCUGAAGCUGGUCAAGAACACUCAGUCCAGUGGUGUGGACGUCGUAGGGCAGUGGGAGGCCAACAGCUUCCUGUACCAGGCAGGGUCCAGUCAGAUCGAGGCCAGCUUUGUACAGUACACACCAGAUCCAAGCAUAUUCACCUACAACAAUCCGGCCAUACCGUUCAUGCUGUUCAAACAGCGUUACAUCAAUGAAGCCAACAACACCGCCUCCAACAGCAGCGACUUCACCAUUUCUGGCUUUCCUGGAUUUCUGAUUCAAGAGUCAACCCUUCCGUUGGGCUACGUUGGUUAUGGGGGACUGAUGUUUGGUAGCGUGGGUCUAAUGGCAGGACAAUGGGGACCAUCAUCAUUUAAAAUCGACGACGGAAUCGAAGGCGGACCCCUGGCGUUAUUUGAUCAAGCGAAGACAGCAAAUACAUUGAUUAUCUCCCCUGCCAGUCGAUUUAUGUCGUCAUCAAUAUGGCGUCAGAACGCCAGCACCGGCGGGGACAAUCUCUACUGGGGGACGAUGGGAGGAGUUGAAAACGUCCCUCUUGGUGUUGAAACCAGUUUUAUUCUGUUCUGUGGUAACCAAGGCAUUAAUAAGGCCUUCGUAAGCUGGGGACAAAUCUUGAAACAAUGGCACGGGCGUACAGAUCAAUUUGUCAAGUCCGACUUUACGAUCAACUACUUGGGGUACUGGAUGGACAAUGGGGCAUAUUACUAUUACCGGACGGAGAAAGGAAAAAACGACCAGGACACAGUGUUGGAUCUCCAGACCUAUAUGGGACAGAUUGGUGUACCAGCCAGGUAUAUGCAGUACGACGAGUGGUGGUAUUAUUGGGACAACGACCAUGGUGUUGUGACGUGGUCAGCUCAGCCAAAGGUCUUCCCUAAAGGAAUGCAGUGGCUUUACAACAAGACAGGGUACCCCGUCGUGGCCCACAGCAUGUACUGGUCAAGCAACACAACCUACGCAACUGCUAAUGGAGGAAAGUAUGAAUUCCUGAUCGAUGGUCAUAAGUCAUUACCAUUGGAAGAGAGAUUUUGGACGGAUUUGCUCGCUGAGUCCAGGAAAUGGGGUCUGUUUGUCUACGAACAGGAUUACCUCAAUGUUGAAUUUCAACAAAUCAAAAAACUUCUGAGUGACAUUGACUUAGGCAGCCAAUGGCUGACUCAGAUGGGGAAUGGAGCUGCCAAGAACGGAUUGACCAUCCAGUACUGCAUGUCCUUGCCGCGACAUAUGCUGCAGUCUCUGGAAAUACCUGUCGUCACACAGGCUCGUGUAAGCCACGAUAACCGACCAAACACUGACAACUGGAAGAUAGGUGUGACGUCACUAUUUGCUUGGGCUAUUGGCAUUUCGCCCUUCAAGGAUAACUUUUGGACCACCAAGGUUGAACCCGGAAAUGGUUACAAUAAUACGGAACCGCACACGUCCCUGCACGCCGUGGUUGCAACUUUGAGUACAGGCCCAGUAGGAAUUAGCGACAUGGUCGGGGGCAUGAACAGGACACUCAUCAUGAAAUCUGUGAAUACUGACGGCCUGAUCUUGAAACCAUCGCGACCAGCGACUGCAAUUGACAACAGGUUACGGAAGAUGGCUUGGGCAGACUUUGAGGGUCCUGAUGGGGAGGUGUGGUCCACGUAUUCAGAUUUUGGCGGAAAGAACAAGUAUGGUAUCGUCCUCGCUGCCGAUCUGCAGGGGAGCUACACCAUGACGCCAUGCAUGGCUGGAUAUCAAGGGUUUCCCAGCUCGAUGGUAUUUCCAGCAAAUGAUCCAAACAAGAUCCAGCCUCUGACAGAUCCCCAACCUUUGACAAUGAGUGGUUGCACCACUACUGACUUCUGUCUCUUCUAUGUAUCGCCUGUACUGACGUUCAACGGCAAACAAGUUCUCAUCCAGGGUGAGUUGGACAAGUGGGUGCCCAUGUCACCCCAGAGAGUGACGGGCAUCAACAUUGCCGAUGACAUCACCAUCAGCCUCACUGGAGCUGCCAACGAAAAUGUCUCCUUCUGGUUCAACGUGGAUGGUAAAUCUUCACCUGUGACCUGUACUCUCGGAGCAGGAGGUCUAGCCACCCUCAGUUUCACAGCAGGUGCAUGUCGUGGAGAAUAGUGAACAUUAUAUAUGUGGCUGCAUAUCUGUAGAUGCAUCUAUUAUUUAGUUUCCGUUUGUGGUAUUUUGCAUUAAUAGCAUUUAUGUUGUGAAUAAAAGUGAAUAAAUGUUAUAUGAACUCUAUCUUUAUUUUCGUGCGUCGUAUCUCUGUAAACGUGUACGUGAGUGUGUGUGUUUCUGCAUUCAAUCCUGGGCACAGAACACAAAUUUGGUGUACCUGCAUAUCUGUACAUACAUAUGUUAUCAAGAUUCUGUGUGUGGUAUUUUGCAUUUAUAACAUUUAUGAUGUUGCUGCACCCUUGAAAGUGAAAGUGAUAAAAUGUUAGAUGAACUGUA